CCCCCCCCCCCCCGCGCCGCCGUGCGCCGUGCCGUGCGCAACAAGCCGAUCAGCAGCCGACCAUCCGCCGCGCCUUUGUCCUUCGUCUCCGCAGUCCGCACCCUCCAGAUCCCACCAGGCCAACACCACCAAGACCCCGACCCCAUGGCCUUCUCGCGCCUCCUCCCCUCCCGCCGCCGCCUCCUCUCCGCCAUUCUCCACACCCCAACCCCCGUCCCCACGCCCCGCGCCACCACCCCGCUGGCCCCCUUCCUCUGCUCAUUCGCCUCCGCCACGCGGCGCGCGGGGCCCUCGUCCUCCCGCCCCCGCGACAUCGGCGCGCGUGCGCGGCAGCUUCAGACCCGCCGCCUUUGGUCCUACGCCCUCGCCUUCGGCUGCGCGGCCGGGUUCGUGGUCACCGUGCUCGCCACGUUCCAGGACCAGCUCGUCUUCUACCUCACGCCCACCGACGCGCUCGCCAAAUUCACCGCCGACCCCUCCAAGUCCCGCGUCCGCCUCGGCGGGCUCGUGCUCGAGGGCUCCAUCGCGCACCCCUCGCCGGCCUCCCCCGAGAUCGAAUUCGUCGUCACGGACCUCAUCACGGACGUGCUCGUCCGGUACGAGGGCGCGCUUCCGGACCUCUUCCGCGAGGGCCACUCAGUCGUUGUCGAGGGGUUCCUCAAGCCCUUCACCGACGACCUCCGCCGCGACGGCGACGGAAGGAAGGUGUCCGAGAAGGCACGGGAGUGCGCGUGCUUCUUGCGCGGCACCGAGGUGCUCGCCAAGCACGACGAGAAGUACAUGCCCAAGGAGGUCGCCGAGGCGCUCGAGCGCAACAAGAAGCAGCUCGAGGCGGAAGCGGAAGCGGGCGCACCUGAGGGGACGGUGGCGGUUUCGGCGGAUGGAGCAAAGUGAAAUUAUUCAAGGGAUGGUUAAAGGAGGAUUCGACUUGUCUAAAGCAAGAUUUAUCUUAAUGCGCUGCUGCUGAGGCACUGGCUAGAAAGACAAGUGCAGAGAUACUGACACUGCAUUUUUAGCGACUUCAGAAAAGACGGCACUGCAUUUUAGCCUUUCUUUUCUAUAAUCUGUCCAGUCUCCAGCUUCCACCCUCUUGAACAUGCUUUGAGACGGCUUUUAAUUGUCGUUAUUACCACUUUACUUUGGAUAUCUGUUGAUGUUUUAGCAGCACCACAUUCUCAGUUUCCCGUACAUAGUUUGUUGGUAAAAUUAGGUAGAUAUUAUCGCAAAAAUGCCUAUAUUAAAAAAUAAUAUUGUCUGUAAAGAUGACACGUGGAGUCUGAGCUUAAAUGUCAUCCUCACAUUGAUAGUAUUUUUUAACUUUUAUGAUUUUUAAGAUAAUAUAGUUUGUUUC